UUUUCAAUUACCCAUCAAUGGUCACACAACUUUUUGGUCACACUGGCAUACUACCUGUUUGAGUUCUACGUUCCGUUUAUUUAUUAACUCUCUGAAUUGUUUCCUUAAUUUAUUUAUGGUUUUGUUAAGUUAUUUUAACUAAUUGCAAGUAUACUACAAACACUAUAAAAUGGCUCGUUACUUUAAAGAACAGGAUAUUGACGAGUUCCGUGAAUGUUUCUAUCUGUUCGCCCGCUCGGGCCAAAUCAACAAUUUGGACGAACUAACCGUUAUUAUGCGUUCUUUGGGUCUUUCGCCGACGAUUCAGGAACUGGUUUCCUAUCUCAAGCAAAAGAAUGGGAAAAUGAGCUUCGCCGACUUUCUGGACAUUAUGCACCAGCACUCCAAGGUGGAGAGUUUGCCGGACGAGGUCAUUGCCGCCUUUAAAGCAGCCGAUCCGCAGAAUAAGGGAACCAUCUCGGCCAGACAGCUGCGCAACCUCCUUCAAAACUGGGGAGAGGGUCUGUCCAUGCGCGAGGUGGACAACAUCUUUCGGGAGGCCAAUGUGAACAACAACAGCACGGUGCGUUAUGCAGACUUUGUCAAGAUUGCAUGCGCCCCAGUUCCAGACUACUAUUAGACUGCCUUGCAAUUCGAAGCACUCCAUUACCAUUACAGAACAUUCCAGUAAAGUAAUGCUAUCUUCGCACAAUAAAAUUGACCAAAUGUGUUUGGAAA